AUGAUCUCCAGCAGAGUAUUGAAUUCGUCUGCUCCCAACGUCCGUAACGGCAACAACGUAUCAUCCUCAGCUUCUGUACCUCUCACCAGAGCCUUAGUGACCGAUGCUGGCGUCACUAGUUCCUCUUCCGACGACGACUUCUCCCUGGAUUCGUCUCUUGCGAACAGUAGAGUACUGUCCAGUAAAGUCGGUCGCAGUUACGGAAGAAACUCGUCUUAUUAUACUUACUCCGCGGUGAGCCUCUCCGGAGAGAUUCUCGUAGCUGAGCGAGAAGAGGCUUCCUCUACUUUUGGAAGACAAUAUAGUGGUGGAUAUGAUCUUAUUAGAGCUUGUGAGCUUGAUAGCAAAUUUUCUUCUGGAGAAGGGCAGCAGAAGAAUCCGGAGAAAUUAAACCAGCAGCGUCAGGUGUUCAAGUUUCAGAAGGCAAAACAAAAGAUUGUACCUAGUGCUGCUUCUGAGGGGCUAUCUCAUCAACAUCCAGUUCGGCUGCCAACUUUUCAUGCAAGUGCUCGUGGCCCAUGGCAUGCUAUGGUUUCCUAUGAUGCAUGUGUGCGACUUUGUCUUCAUGCGUGGGCAAAGGGUUGCACAGAGGCUCCCAUGUUUCUUGAAAACGAAUGCGCUCUUCUACGAGAAACCUUCGGGUUGAAACAACUCCUUUUGCAAUCGGAGGAGGAAAUGCUGGUGAAGCAAUCUUCACAAGCUCCUCACGAGGGAGUUAUACCAAACGGCAAGAAAAACAUUGGUAAAAUGAUGGUGCAAGUACAACGUGUUAAAACAGUUUCGGAUGCUCCAAAGGGUGGUGGUAGUAUAUCAUCUUUAAAGUCUCCGUUCGAGAAACUACGGGUUAAGUUUUACAAAAUCUCAACAUGUAUAUCUUCUAGAUGGUGGUCUCGAAAGAAGAACCAUGUUCGUAAUAGUUCAACGUCUUAUGAUGUUGUUAAAGAAACAUACUCGUGUAGGUUAAGAUUGAAAAGCUUAAAUGAAGAUGAUGCCAUUAUCAUGCAACCCGGAUCCGGUGAAAGCCAUGUUUUCUUUCCUGAUAGUUAUGGAGAUGAUCUGAUUGUUGUAAUACUUGAAUCAAAUGGGAAUGAAUUUGGGCGUGUGCUUGUCCAGCUAGCUAAUGUUUCUGAAGUUUCGGUGAGUUACCUUUUUCCAUUUGUUAGCACGUUUCAAAUGCUUAUAAUGAAUAAUCCCAUACAGGCUGAGAAACUUCGGUGGUGGUCUGUAUUUCGUGAGCCAGAACAUCAACUUGUGGGAAAAGUCCAGCUCUAUAUUGACUUUUCAGCAAGUUUUGAUGAUAAUAGCCAUUUGAAGUGUGGUCCUGUUGCGGAAACAGUCGCAUAUGACAUAGUCCUGGAAGCGGCCUUGAAAACGCAGCGGUUUCAGCAAAGAAACUUGUUGUUAGAUGGUUCAUGGAAAUGGCUUUUGGAAGAAUUUGCCUCCUACUAUGGGAUUUCAGAUGUCUACACCAAACUCAGAUACUUGUCCUAUGUGAUGGAUGUCGCUACACCAACUUCAGACUGUCUCCAUUUGGUGCAUGACUUGCUAACACCUAUCAUCAUGAAAAAAGGAAAUGGGAAGACCCCCUUGAGUCAUCAAGAGAAUCGGAUUCUAAAUGAGAUCAAAGACCAAAUCAAGAAGAUUCUGAAGCUAGUCUUCAAGAACUACAAAUCUCUUGAUGAGUCUUCUUUCUCUGGAAUGAGUGAUGUAAUGAGUUCUGCAACAGGUGUUACACCGCCAGCACUAGCUCCUGCUGUUAAACUUUACAUGCUUCUGCAUGAAAUUAUGUCUCCAGAGGAUCAGACUAAUCUUUGUCAUUACUUCCAGGUAGGAGCAAAGAAUAGAUCUAGAAGGCACAUUGGUGAGACAGAUGAGUUUGUUACAAAUAAAAAUGAUCCCAAUUUUUGGGAUCCUUCUUCAGUAUUGGCUGCUUACCAGAAAAUGACUAUGGUCUGCAAAAAUGUAAAGAAUGAGAUUUAUAGUGAUGUUGAGAUCUACAAUCAAGAUAUACUUCCCAGCUUUCUUGACCUUCCAAACCUGUCAGCAUCCAUAUAUAGCACUGAUCUCUGCAACAGACUUCGAACAUUUCUUGUUGCAUGUCCACCUUCUGGUCCUUCACCAGCAGUUGCAGAGCUUGUGGUUGCAACUUCAGACUUUCAACGUGAUCUUUCCAGCUGGAACAUUGGUCAUAUCCAAGGCGGUGUUGAUGCAAAAAAGUUGUUCCACCAAUAUAUUUUGAUUUGGAUCCAAGAUAGACGCCUUUCCCUACUUGAAUCAUGCAAACUUGAUAAAGUAAAAUUGUGCGGAGUCAAGACACAACAUUCAACAACACCAUUUGUUGAUGAAAUGUACACCAAGCUGAACGAGACAAUUCAAGACUAUAAAUUUAUCAUUUCUAGAUGGCCGGAAUAUAUCUUUGUUCUGGAGAGUGCCAUUGCUGAUGUUGAAAAAGCAAUUGUGGAAGCUCUGGAGAAGCUGUAUGCAGAUGUCUUAUCACGUCUAAACGAAAACUUGGCUCCUAAAAUGUUAAGCUUCAAGUAUGUCCAAAAGCUAACCAAAAGAUCUGAGGUUGCAUAUGUAGUCCCGGACGAGCUGGGCAUUCUACUAAACACUAUGAAGAGAAUGCUUGAUGUUCUAAGGCCUAAUAUUGAGCCUCAGUUUAAAGCAUGGUCUUCAUGCAUUCCUGAUGGUGGGAACGAAGCUCCUGGUGAUCGUCUUUCUGAGGUGACAGUGAUGCUCAGAGCCAAGUUUCGAAGUUACCUUCAAGCUGUAGUUGAAAGACUCGUGCAAAAUAGCAAGCUACAAAAGGCGACAAAGUUGAAGAAGAUACUUCAAGACUCUAAAGAAAGUGUUGGAGAAUCAGACAUUAAAAGCAAAAUGCAAAACCUGAAGGAGCAGCUCAUCGACACAGUGAAUCAUCUACAUUCGGUUUGUGAUACAAAUGUAUUCAUCGCAUUGACCCGAGGCUAUUGGGAUUGUAUGGGACAGAUUGUUCUAAGCUUUUUGGAGAACAGGAAAGAGAACAGAGAUUGGUACAAAGGUUCUAGAGUUGCUGUCUCUAUAUUAGAUGAUACAUUUGCAGCACAAAUGCAACAGCUACUAGGCAAGUCGUUAAGAGAGCAGGACGUGGAGCCUCCGAGAUCGAUUGUGGAGGUUCGCUCUAUUCUUUGCAAGGAGGACACUACAAUUAAUAAAGGCAAAUCUUUCUAACCAUCUAACGGCUAAAACUGCUCAAGAUUCUUUAGCUCAAAGCUGUAAUGAUCAGAUCUCAUUUGCUCUCGUGUGAUUGAAACUGCAAGUAUUUUGCUUGCUUGGAAAAGCAAGGUCACCUCAUCACAUUUUCCUUUAGCAUUAAAAUUUCAAUACAUUACAAGACUGGCAUUAUGUCCGAUACGAGUUGUGACCACAGUUAAUAACAUGAUGAAGGGAGAUGCGUGUUUCAAGUCAGACAAGCUUUGAUAUGGCCUUGC